ACCAAGUCGAAAGUCGAAAAGUUUCACCGAUCACCGAUUGACGAUUUCUGAAUGAACUGACAGGUCCCUACGAAGUGAGCACGGGUGCGUAACGCUCAUUCAUUUGAUAAGUGCCAUUAAAUUUUACGCUCAGAAUCCAAACGCAAGUAGUUAUUCUCAGGAAUUCCCAUGCGCCGUGGAACGAUCUUGCCUCCGGUGUGUUUUAGUGACGGUUUUUUAUCCUAACACAGCAAUACAAUAGUUUCACGUCUCGCACAUAAAACGAAAGUUUCAGAAACCAGUUUCUGGAGCGCCAGUACUUAAAUUUCACUCGCUUACAAAUUGUCUUUUUAUGUCUUUAUUCAGCAUAUCUUCAACGUUUGCGUUAGUGGCUGUUCGAUCGCACCUAAUUACUUUUUCACGUUGUUCCCGUUAGUGGACGAGUCCGUUAUUUUAUUGGCCCCCCUUUAUUUAUUUUGCUUUGAGUGACCAUAACUAAUCGUCAGUACGUUGAGUGUGUCGAGCUCAUUCUUCUCCUCCUUCCCAGAACUAAUCAUUUGCGCUCGCAUCUCGAUGUGAACAGUUAAAUCCUCUCUGUCAAGAAAGCCCCAAUUUUCAACUGACUGGCUGGAGCUGUAUUUUUUCUCUGGCUGGAUUCCUUUUAUUUUCCUGUUUUGCAACUCAGACGAUGGUAGGUAAUGCUGGAAGAAGACCUACGACUUGCAGCCGGCCGUGGAGACAUCCAGCUCGUCACUGAGCUGUUAGAACGAGGCACCAAACCAACUCCAGGCCCAACUGGUGUCACCCCACUUCAACUUGCAGCAGCUGAAGGACAUGAAGAAAUUUUGAAAUUGCUUAUCAAACAUAACUGCUCAGUAGACAGUCAAGAUACAGAGCAUGGAAACACAGCUCUGCAUGAAGCCAGCUGGAAAGGCUACAGCAGGUGUGUUGCAAUUCUGGCAAAAGCGAAAGCUAACCUGAACCUGAAGAACUGUGGUGGAUUCACAGCAUUGCACCUCUGCUGUCAGAAUGGGCACAACCAAAGUUGCCGGGAACUUCUUUUGGCUGGAUGUGAUCCAGACCCCCAAAAUAAUUAUGGAGAUACCCCUCUUCAUACAAGCGCAAGAUAUGGACAUGCAGGAGUUACUCGCAUUCUAAUUAGCGCCCAAUGCCGUGUCUCGGAGCAGAACAAGAAUGGUGAUACAGCUUUACACAUCGCUGCAGCAAUGGGUCGGUCCAAACUCACUCGGAUUCUUCUUGAGGCAAAGUCGAACACAACUAUUCGUAACAAGCAAUGCGAAACUGCAAGGGAUAUUGCCAUAAGAAAAGACUUGGAUGCCAUCAUAAAUAUUCUAGACAAAAAGCAGCACAAUAAAGCCCAUAGUCGCUCUAAGAAACACUCAGAAAAUGUAAAUAAGUCGAGUGCUAAACCUCACCAUAGUACAAAACAUAAACACAAGAAAAAGGUUCCCGUGGAGAAUUUCAAACGGGAUGAUAACACCAAGCCCUGGUCUCCAUAUGGAUGUCAUUAUUAUCCAGAUCCGAAAGCAUUUCCCCGACCCAACUUGGAUUCUCUCCCGCCAGAACCGUUGCAAAAAGGCGAACAAUACUACCUAGAUUUAGCUGGAAAUAUCCGGAAGGGUCCAAUUGGCGUAGGCUACACAUGCUAUUGUGCGCCGUUCUUCCAACAAGUUGAAAAGCAGUUAAACCGCUCUAAAGCAGAGAUGAGCGAGUGCAUCAACCGGACAAGGCUCAGCUUGACGCAGCGAGUGGCUGAUUUAGAACGGCGAACGCACGGUCAGAUCUCAGCUCUGCGAGCGCGCACCCAAUGGCUCAGCCAGUCAGGACGCGUUCCAGGAAGUGCUAUUGGAGGCAGAAAACUGGGCGGUCGAACUCGCAGCCUUGAACUGGUUGCUAGCGAAAAGAGCGCAACUAAGGCUGACAAUCGCAGGAGCUUAGAGGUCCUGGAAGCUGAGGAGACCUGCGAUGAUUGUGUUGAAACAGGGGAAAUGCUUUCAGCAGUGCACGAUCUCUCGCACGACCUGGACAAGCUGAUCGCAUCGUCGCAACAGCUGCGAAUUUCUACCUGCGAACCUGAGGAGACAUCAGUGGCAGCAAUUCUCUCGGAGCUCUCGGAUGUGAAUGAGCGGCUCAAGUGCACACAACCAUACUGCUCAAACCAAACAGGGAAAGGCUAUCUGAUGGAUAAGUGGGAUUUAGAUCUACUCAUCAGUAAAGGAACUGGUUUCAGCAAGACGAACGCCAGCAGUGAGUCAAGCGAGCAUGGAGCGGAGCAGUUGGAUUCAGGAUACAGCACAAAGAUGUGCAGCAACUCACAAGGACCCUCCCCGUCCUUAUCUGGAAUUCUUGAAUGCGAGCAUCCUCGUCCACUCCAAAUCCAGGCAAAAUGUUUCGCUUCAUAGUGCAAUAUGUAUACAUGUAAUUAUUACUCAAGUUUGUGCCCUUAGCAAGUGCCUUUAUCUCCAGCUCUCUGGUACAUACAUCUCAACUCAUGUGAGUGUAGCCUCUUUUUUUAAGUAUUUCAGUAAUUUGGUCUCGAUUAUUUGUUGUAACCGGUUUUCCUGUAAAGAAUCUCAAAGUUCACCAUCAUAACAGCCUCAAAAAAUUUGAUGUAGGUUUUUUUUUUUUUUGUUGUUCAUAUCUGCUUUCCAAUAAUUGUGUACUUGAUUUAUGUUGACACAUGCUACCAGCUCUUCUUUAAUCAUUCUUUUGAUUUGUAAGUAUCAUCGAAUUUAUACUUCUCUAUAUUGAGUCAUCUUAAAGUUUUCGAAACGAAUCUCUGCAGAACAAUUUUUUCUACAUCAGUGAAAACAGAAUGUCUGACUUUUUUUCCCCUUUGAAGGUCAUGUUACUUUUGUGCUUCCGUCCUAUAUUUACCGAGUGUGCAUUACUUAGUGUAGUGAAUGCACAUAUUUCCCUGUGCAAUCAAAUCUUUUUGUGUCUCUUAUGAAUGUAUGAAAAAUUCAUUCUCUCUGGAAAGCUCCUAAUUUUUUAAUGAUUGUCGUAUUUAAAGAAAGGAAUUUAACAUGGAUGAUGAAACUGCAGAGUUGUGAAUCUCGGUUUGCUCCGUUGCAGACUUCUUAUCAUACUUCAUUUUCUACCCCAAAAACUACCAGAUGUCAUAUAUUGGAAAGUUCUGUGAGCUCUCUGCUCUGUAUAAAAAAUGUGCUAUGAACAUUUGAAGCCAUGAUGUUGGAUUGGACUUCUUUUAAGAAAUAAAAUAAGAGCAGAGAUUCUGAAAUACCGCAACCGAGAUAUGCUUUUUUGCAGUCUCUUUGUCAAUGUUUUUUUUUUUUUUUUUUUUUAAUUCCUGUUUAUUUCUGUACCAGUUAUACUUUAAGAGCAACAAAAAGUUCUGAUGAUUUGCCUAAUUUUGUCUACUUUAUGAAUUCUCUACAUUUAAGGCUGCUGGAAUGACUUCGAAAUCUAUUGGAAUCGAUCACUGUUUAGUGAUUUCUUUUUUAUCCACCGCCAUUUUGUAAAUGUUUAUUCAGUAUUUUACACAGAUCAUGUGCGCUAGUAUUCUAGCUCUGCACCCAUAAUAUGGAAAUAUUUUUUCCUCAUUGCAGUAGCAAACUAUUGCAAUUUAUCGUUUUUUCAGUCGACCAUGAAAUGGAUUAUAUUUUUUAAUCCUUUACCAUAGCAAAUGUUCUCAUCAUUCAAUCCAUCCAUCUAUUUAUUUACCCGAUUUUAUAUUUAUUUUAACUUAUUUAUCUAUUUAUUCACCUGUGCAUUUAUCUGUAAUGUGUCUUAUAAUGUUUUUCUUUUUUCAUUUUCUUAUUAAAAUCAUUUUUAUUUUCA